UGGUAUCCAUGGGAGCAUCUGUGGGAGCAGCAACAAAACAGACCCUGUUCCCUCCUCUCAUGCCUGCAGGGCGACCUUUCCGUGUGUCCAACGCUUCCCGGAGCAGCCGGAAAGGAAUUGUUGCAAGCAGUCUGCAAGAGCUCAUCAGCAAGACUUUAGAUGCCUUCCUGAUAUCUGCUGGAAUAGUUACUCUGGUUUUGGAGGAAGAUGGCACGGUUGUGGACACAGAAGAGUUCUUCAUGUCCCUGGAUGAUAAUACGCACUUCAUGGUUCUAGAAAAAGGACAGAAAUGGACACAAACAAAAAAUGGAGUCGUUGCUAUGAGACCAAAGAAGAAAAUGGGAGUAGCUAACAUCACAUUUGAUCUGUACAAGCUGAACCCUAAGGAUUUUAUUGGCUGCCUAAAUAUCAAGGCAACUUUCUAUGAGAUCUACUCUGUCUCAUAUGACAUCAAAUGUAUGGGAGCAAAAAGUGUGUUGCGGAGGGUGCUCCAGCUAAUAUCCCACGCAGCACAAGUAACUGGACAUUUUCUUCUCUAUACUGGAACGUAUAUGUUGCAGUUGAUGGGUGAAUAUGAUGAAGAUGGCACAUGUGCAAGAUCAACGCGGGACUAAUGAACACCACUGUACUUCUGAUAUCAGACCCAUUUGCUUAAAGACACUAUCUUGCCCAAUUUUGAUUGUAAUUGUGUUAUAGUAGGUGGAUGUCCACUGAUGUGAACUAACAUUUUUCCCAUUUGGGAGUGCUUGUAGGCCUAGUCAUAAAAUAAGUG